AUGACGAGUAGCAAUUCAACAACAAAUUCAAAUUUUGGAUUUCUCAUGAAAGAUGGAGUUCUCUGUCGUGUGCAGCUCAGGUACCGUAAAGCGGAAGUUGAAAAACCGGUGGAAAAGAAAAAGAGAAAAAAACAAAAGGAAAAAAGUGAUGAAUUCAGUCCAUUCAUGGUUUCCCAGCAAUGUCCAGAGGCAAGUCCACCAUUGAGUCCUCAAGAGCAAAGAAAAAGGGCAUGGUGUUUUAGGAUGACUGGCAUGAAGCCAGUUUUUUAUUCCAAACCAAGAGGAUCGUACAGUAUUGAUAACGUAUCGUUACGAGCCAGGCUUUUUCAGCUUAUGAUCACGCGAAUUCCGAAGUUGGUGCAGCCCGUCGAUCACUCUGUCUGGGCCAUGCAAGAAUUAACUGAUAUCAACACAAAGUGCAUGAAACGAGCAGCCAUAAGCCAACCGGAAAGACCUUACAACAUCAUAAUCAGAGCUCCGGUGCCUUGGCAUCAACAAUAUCUCAUCGCCCGUGAAUUCGCCACCCACAAUCUUUUCGCCACGCAUUCAGUGUCACUUGAGAUCCGCAAACUUUGGGAUUCGACAUACCGUUCCUGCCGCCUGUUUGAAAGUUCCUGGGACAAGAAAAAUUCUCUGGAUCCCGACGUACUUUUGGAGUUGAUCCGGAAGCGAUGCAGUCACCUUCAGAGUUCUUUAAUUGAAAAAUGGAUACCGGAAUGCUGCGCAGUUUUAAAUCGUCAAAAACCCACCUGGGCCUCCAUGGUCCCAUUAAAACGAGGCGAAUCGUUGCAGCAAAUCCUGCGCUUUUUCAACAGUUUAACGCGACUAAUUUCCUUGCAAAUUCGUUGCCUUUUGUACAGCUGGAUCGAUGAAUGGAAGGAUCUCAUGUCAUCCUACCAGGCAGGAAACGAUGAUGAUCAUGUGACAGCAGACGAAUUUCCAAAAGUGUUCCCCUUCAUCCGGCUAGAACUGGCCCUUUCGAAUCGCAAAGUGUUUGUCAAGCCAAAACACGAGAGAAUUCAACGCAUGAUGGAAAAGGUGCUGCAAACCAUCGUCAGCGUUAGCUGGCACAUUCCUCGCAUAGAAAGGAUUUUUUUGUCAGGGUACACUGGUGGCGAGGAAUUCUUAGUUUCCAUCGCCUGGGAGGACGAUCACGUCCAGUCUGUGCUUAAAAAGGUGAAGCAGGUUGUCAACUCGAACAAGAAAGUUCCCGAACGGUUCAUUCGCGAUACUUACGCCAAAUACGAGCCCCUACUUCAGCAACCUUUUAGCGAGUUGUACGGAGAGACCGAUGAAAUGAUUUGGGAUAAGAAUGAAAAAUUGUUCAAGAAGCGUAUGGGAGAAUUGAGUGACAUCAAAAAGAACCUUUUGCGGCUGAAAUCACAUGUCUACUUGAAGCUCUUUUUCUUAGACUGUCACCAGCUCAACAAACAUUUAGUUGAUUUUAUCGACAACAUUAAAUCGUCGUUGGUGACGAGAAUUAUGAAAGACAACCGGCAUAUUGUAAGGCAGAUUUGCACUCGGUUUGAAACAGUCACCGAGAAGGUCAGCCACGUACCGGAAAACACGGCCGAGUUGGUGGAGUCUGUCGACUUUGUCAACAAAUCGCAGAACGAAAGUUUACCGGAAAUGCUCCAGGAAGUGAACGCCGCCGGUGCACGACUGCUCACGCUGCUUAACUACACCAUGCUCCAAAAGGACGAUUUGUCGUUGAGCUGCCGCCUCUUUCAUUGGCCCAGUGAUUUGGAUUCUGUUUUGCAAGUGAGCUCCACCCGUCUCCAGCGGAUUCGUAUUGAAACCGAACGAGUCUUGAAGGAACGCACGCAGUUAUUUUUAGAACGAUUAGAAGACUAUGGAGAAGCUCUUGAGAAUUUCAAGAACAAGGAAACGACGGCCCUUACAACGGAAGAGAUGAAAAACAGUACGACUCUACUCCAAGAUUUGCACCAGAAAUUGCAAGCGGCUCAACUUGAUUUGGAGGAAAUCAACAAUGACGAAGCUUUACUCGAAUUUCCGGUGACUGACGUCCCGACACUUCCAGCACUUAUUCAACUCAUUGAGCCUUACUACCAGCUGUGGCACGUUGCCCACAAGUUCCACGAAAGUCACGACGUUUGGUUUCAUGGUCCUUUUCGCAAACUGGAUUCCCAAAUGAUCGCCGAUGAAAUCACUGCAAUGUACAAGCAAAUGCAACAGUUGGCCGUUGUGUUUGCUGAUGUUAGUGCAGCCAAACGAGUAACCGACACCGUCCGUAAACGCAUUGAAAAAUUUAUGGGCUACUUGCCGUUGUUGCACUCCGUUUGUAAUCCUGGACUUCGAGAUAGACACUGGAUUCUGAUUAGUCAAAAUUUCGAAUCGCCCCUGUGUCCCGAACCCGACACUUCACUGUCUGAACUGGUCGGAGCGGGUCUUAUGCAGUACAUUAGUCGGAUCGAAGAGGUCAGCGUAACGGCGACUAAAGAGUUUGCCUUGGAGGAGACCCUUCAACGGAUGCAGUCGGAAUGGAAUGACAUUUGCUUCGAAUUUCUACCGUAUCGCGAUUCGGACGUCAGCGUUUUGACAGGGAUCGAAGAAAUUCAAGCUCUUGUGGACGAUCACAUUCUUCGAGCGCAAACGAUGCACGCGUCACCCUAUAUCGCUCCACUAGAGCCGGUGCUUCAAGCGUGGGAGGAGCAAUUAGUCGGCAUACAAGAUACGAUGGACGUCUGGAUGAAAGUCCAAAACACUUGGCUUUACUUGGAACCCAUUUUUAGUUCAGAAGACAUCCAGAGGCAAAUGGCUAGCGAUGCGGCCAAGUUUUCUCAUGUGGAUACCAUGUGGCGUUCGUUGAUGUCGGGAGCCACCAAUGAGCCUCGUGUUCUGGUGGCCGCUUCUCGUCCAGGGCUCUUGGAUGAGCUGCGGGAAGCCUUCGGAAUUUUAGAAGAUAUUCAGAAAGGAUUGCACGACUAUUUGGAGAAAAAGCGUCUCUUUUUCUCCAGAUUUUACUUCCUGUCCAACGACGAGCUGUUGGAAAUUCUGUCAAAAACCAAAGAACCUGAACGCAUCCAGCCACAUUUGCGCAAAUGUUUCGAUGGUAUCGGUCGCCUCAUGUUCAAUUCCAAUCAAGAGAUUGAAGCCAUGGUCUCAGAUGGCAACGAUAAAGAACGGGAAAUUGUUCGCUUCAAAGAAGCCAUCGUUCCAGCCAGAAGCAAGGGUAUGGUAGAACUCUGGAUGUCUGAAGUGGACGACGCCAUGAAAGACGCUCUUAUUCACUACACGGAAAUGGCCAUGACAGAGUGGAGCAAUCAACCAGACAUGGACUACCUUCAACGAUAUCCGGGCCAAUCUAUUUACUGCGCAUCGGCAAUUAAUUGGACAAAGUCUAUCACCGACACUAUCACUGCCGGCAGCAAGUGGAGCGAGCUGGAAUCUUCAACCAAGUUGCUGGUGACUCACCUGACAUCAAUGAUUAAGCAACGACCUAUCCCGACAGUCAGAAUCACGCUCAACAAUCUCAUCAUGUUCCACCUUCACAGUCGAGAUGUGUUACAGCGUAUGAAAUCGAAAUACGUUUCAAAACUCGAUGAUUUUUACUGGCAAAAGAACUUGAGAUAUUACUGGAACACGGACGCUUUGGAAGGUCUUGGACAUCUUACUGUUGCCAUGAUUGAAACUCAAGUCCCGUACGGAUUUGAAUACAUGGGCAAUUGCCACCGACUGGUUCUGACACCCGCAACUGAAAAGGGAUUUCAGAUCAUUAUGCUCGCCUUGAAGCAGUUCCAAGGUGGUUGGCUCCACGGUUUACAAGGCGUUGGCAAGACGGAGACAAUAAAAGAACUAGCUCGCGCUGUGGCCAAACAGUGUUUGGUUUUUAAUUGCUUCGAUGGAUUAGAUACCAAAUCUAUUGGCCGGAUUUUAAAGGGUAUUGCACAAUCGGGGGCCUGGUCCUGUUUCGACGACAUAGACAAAGUGUCACCAGACGUCGUUUCAGUCAUGGCUGUUCAGGUGUAUACACUGCAAAUGGCUCUUAAUCGACGGCUUAGACGAGUCAACUUUGAAGGAUCGGAUGUCCAAGUCACUGUAGGCUCUGCCAUUUUCAUCACCACUCAAACCAAGGAUCGCUUGCCGGACAGUUUCCGCUCACUGUUCCGUCUGGCUUCCAUUCUUUCCCCUGAUCUUCAUUAUAUUAUCAAGAUUUCUCUUCUCUCCCAGGGAUUCCAGAAUCAUUUGGCAAUCGGUACCCGCAUCGUCAAACUCAUUUACGACAUUAACGAACAGAUUCCGGACGUUUCAACCCACGCAAACCUGCGCUCACUACGAGAGAUUUUGAGGAUUUCUAGUCGACUAAAGGCCGAUGAAGCAGAUGCUGAUGAGAUGGCAAUCAUGCACCGCGCUUUCAUAUCAUUCUUCGAGACUCAAUUAACUCCAAAGCAAGGGGAGGUGUUACAUCGUCUUGUCAACCAAAGUUUCCCAGUGGCUACAAUCGACCGUCAAAGAGCAUCUGAUGGGUUUGCCAAAAGUAUCCAAGAGGCAUGUCAAGAUCUGAAUUUAAUCCCGAGUCAAUCGUUCAUCGACAAAGUAUGGCAACUGCACGAAUCGCUUGUGUCCCGCAACGGCGUUAUCCUCCUCGGAGCUACAUUGGCCGGAAAAAGCACUCUUUAUAAGAUUCUGGCUAAAGUCUAUCCGAAAAUCGUGAUGGGCUCAUCUACCGGGGACGACGGUCGUGUCAUGAUGCACGUCAUCAGUCCGUGGUCGCUGCCUUCUAAAUAUCUUUACGAAUGGAACGAGCCGGAGAAGAAUCGAUGGAACGAUGGAAUAAUUACGAAAGCCUUGCGGGAGUUGUCGUCCGGUUCGCCGACUAGUCCUCGUUGGUUGGUUUUAGAUGGGCACGUCCAUUCGGAAUUAGUUGGACAUUUACACACGUUGUUGGACGCCAGCCGCAAACUGACACUUCCUAGCGGAGAAAUCUUACAGAUCCCGCAGUCGUUUCGAGUGAUUUUUGAAACAUCCGACUUGACAUACGCUUCACCUUCUACCAUCACCCGGUGUGGCAUAGUCCGGGUGGCAGAGGACAUUGUCAGUGUCGACUCUUUGUAUCUCAGCUGGUUAAAAAGAUCCAACUUUCCACCAGAUUUGCACCAACUGUUCGACAAAUUCAUGCAAAAGAUAGUGAAACCCACGUUGGCUUUUGCUAUUCAGUCAUCAUCUUCUUCUUAUUGCAUCAUCCCCGCAAGUCAACCUUACCUCUUUGUGAGUUUCACCAGAUUAGUCAAUUCGUUAACUGCGAGUCACGAAAAUCUCCAGCUGAAACCCUUGAAUUUACUGAAACUGUUGACCUUUUCGGUCAUUUGGACCAUAGGGGCCAUAUUCAGUCAUGAUUGCAAAAUCCAUUUCCAUCAAUAUCUUACCAAUCUCUUUGACGCGGUUGAAGAUUCAGAUAGCUUUGGCGUCGAAAAGAUAUUACCUUCGCCGGACUGUUCCGUUUUCUCUUACAAGUUAGACGUAGUUCAUGGGCACUGGAUUCUCUGGAGAGAUGCCCUUCCUUUGAUUCCUGGAAGCUUUGAUGGGCCUCGAAUUAUCAUCAGCAACGAGUCGGUUGCCAUGCAACAAUUUUUCAUCAAAACUUAUUCCAACGGCAACGUCCCAGUUUUGAUUCUUGGUCCAGCCAGUGUGGGAAAGUCCCAGGUGACCCAGUUCGCCAUCGAAGACCUGCCCAAGGAUCGUUUCGUUCACAACAUCGUUCAUGUAACGCCUGUCACGACGUCCUCGUCGUUACUCAACUCGGUCAUGAUUGGACUCGAUCGGCGUAGGAAAGGAGUUUACGGCCCAGCCCUUGGUCGACGCUGUGUCCUCUUUGUCGAUGAUCUCAUCGCUAGUGAUCCGGCGGAAGGAAGCAUCAGGACUCCGUCGGAACUCUUACGGCAUUGGCUCAAUUACGAAUGCGUUUUCGACGGGAAAACGGCAUCCAAAAUGGAACUUGUUGAUAUUCAUCUGAUAACAGCCGUCAGAUUAACUGACCGUUUCCAAGAAGAGUUUGAUGUUCGUCUACUCCGGCACAUGAACACAAUUUUCAUUGAUCCCGUGACAACCAACAGUCUCAUUACAAUGACGUCUACGAUAUUAGAAAGACAUUUCUCAUCAGGAUUCGUUAAUGCUGUCUCUAAAAUGGCAACGGUGGUGUCUGUAGCUACUGUGGAAUUGUACCAAGUGUGGGAGGAAAAGACUCGAGAGAAAGUCCCUCACUAUUCGGUCAGUGUGUCGUGUGUCAAUCGAGUCAUUCAAGGAUUAAUGAACGUCCAAGCUGCUAACUUACCCAACGUCAACAAAUUGCAUCGGUUAUGGAUCCACGAAACGUGCCGAGUUUGGGCUGAUCGACUCAUGUCUGACGAGGAUCGCCAGUGGUUCAUCAGUCAUUUGGACCGCAUUGGAUUAGUUCAUUUCAAACAGAAUUUGAGCAAAUAUCUGUUCGCCUCGGCUAUGGGCGGUGCCGAUUACACGAUCCUGCCUAAAAUUCACUUUUCUAAAUUGCCGAGUUUAAAGUCGGCCGAAGUCAUCUGUGACGAGGUAACUGACAUGGACGCCAUCAUACAGUUGAUGGAGAACAGGUUGGAACAACACAACAAGGACAACACGGUUUCGGCUCCAAUUAAACUCGUCAUCUCACUUAAUGUAGCCUAUCAUGUCCUUCACAUUAGUCAUGCAUUGAAUCGUCAACGAGGUCAUGUGAUCCUCAUCGGAGACGCCGGAAGAGGUCGACGUAGUUGCGCUACAGUUGCCGCCUUGUUGCUGGAUUACGACAUUUUUCAGAUCAGGGCUGGCAGGAACUACGGAGUCCAGGAGUGGAAAGAAGACGUAAAGAAAUUGAUCCAUCGGUCUGGUAUUCAACAGGAGAAGAUUGUCUUUUUAUGCAAUGCCGCUGAUUUCCAGAAACGAAUCUUUUUCGACUACAUUGGACGAUUGAUAUCCGGCUACGAGAUUUCUGAACUCUUUACCAACGAGGAACGUCAGGAAAUGACGGAACUGUACCAGAAGCGCACCAAAGAAAUUGCAAACUUUAAUCAAAUUUUAUCGCAAGUUGACGAAAACCUGCGCGUGGCUCUAUGCGUGUCACCGCGGGAUUCGUGCUAUGUCCACCUUCCGAUGUACCCAACCGUUUUUAAAUUUGCCUCCAUUCUCUGGUUUGAAUCUUGGCCAGAGGAAACGUUGGAGGUGAUAGCCAAGAAAUGGCUGGAUGAUAUCCCCGGCCUCAGUGACAAACUGCAAUUAAAUUAUUCCAACUAUUUCAAAAACGUUCACAACAGCAUGCGGUUAUACAGUGAAAGCAAAGGGAUGGCACAACAUUCGAGCGCUGCAUAUUUGGAGCUCUUGUCGAAUUUCCGAACGCUGUGGCUGAGCAAAGAGAAAGAUUUGCUUCAACAAAAGGAGCGCUACAAUGUCGGCCUCGGUAAACUUCAAUUCGCCGCUUCGCAGGUCGUCGUCAUGCAAGAAGAGUUGCGCAGUCUUCAGCCGCAACUUGUGGAUACUUCGGCGGAGACGGAGAGUCUGAUGGUGAAAAUUGAACAAGACACUGUCAAAGUAGAAGCCCAAAAGGAAAUCAUUGCGGCAGACGAGAGUUUAGCCAACGAAGCUGCUGCGGCAGCACAGGCCAUCAAAGACGAGUGCGAAAGUGACUUGGCGGAAGCCACUCCAGCUCUAGAUGCAGCCAUCAAUGCACUGGAUACACUGAAACCUGCCGAUAUUACGCUAGUCAAGUCAAUGCGACAUCCGCCUUCCAUAGUCAAACUGGUAAUGGAAGCUGUUUGCGUCAUGAAACAAAUCCCUCCUGUCAAGAAGCUUGAUAUGGGAACAGGUAAAAUAACUGACAACUAUUGGCAAGCUGCGCAGAAAAUCCUGGGGGAUCUUCGCUUCCUAGAUCUUCUACGUUCAUACGACAAAGACAAUAUCCCCACAAACGUCAUGAAACGUAUCAGAGAAAAGUACAUUCCUAAUCCUGAAUUCAACCCUAAUAUUGUAAGACAUGUUUCCACUGCCUGCGAAGGCCUCUGCAGAUGGGUAAGAGCUAUGGAAGUCUACGACCGUGUUAUCAAAAUUGUCGCACCGAAACGUGCCAAAUUGCAAGAAGCCGAACAGGAACUGGCCCGGCAAAUGAAGCGCUUGUCAGAGAAACAUAGUCAGUUACAGCAGAUCUCAGAUAAGUUGCAAGGUUUAAACGACGACUUUGCCGCCAUGUCGAAGAAGAAGAAAGACUUGGAGGAUAGCAUCGAUCAAUGUCAUCAGAAAAUGGAACGUGCCGAAAAGUUGAUUGGAGGGUUAGGUGGCGAGCAAGAGAAUUGGAAAACGUCCUCCAACAACCUCGAUUUUCGGCUGAAGCAACUACCUGGAGACGUCCUUCUUUCAGCUAGUAUUAUUACCUACCUGGGACCCAUGAAGAACGAGCAAAGAACGGAUUGCCUUAAAAAAUGGCUGCAACUCAUUCAGGAAUGCCAAAUCCCACACAGUAGCAAUUUCUCUCUAGUCGAUUGUCUAAUUGAUCACGUCAAGAUUCGGGCGUGGAAUAUUGCCGGUUUGCCGUCCGACAGGUAUUCAUUGGAUAACGGCAUCAUCACUACUCACUGCCAGCGCUGGCCCUUACUUUACGAUCCACAAGACCAAGGAUUGAAGUGGAUCGUUAACAACGAGUACAAAAAUCAAGUACAGCAGAUUCGGUACGAUGACGUAAAUUAUUUGUGUGAGGUGAAAGCGGCCAUAUCGUUUGGCCACAUAGUUGUUUUAGAAAACGUUAAGGACAAAUUGGAUCCAGAACUUGACAACUUGCUGGAGAAACGUACAUUUGUUACCAGUGAUGAGAAAACCGUUAUUCAAAUCGGUUCUGAACUCGUUCCGUGGUCUCCAAAGUUCCAUUUGUAUUUGAUCACCAAAGAAGAGAAUUCUGCAUCAAAUUUGGAACUAGCUUCAAAGUUGACAAUCAUCAACUUCUUGUUGAGCCGCGCAGGGCUUGAAGAUAAAUUUUUAAGCCUUUUCUUAUCAAACGAACGUCCGGAACUAGAGGACCAAAAGCAAAUGCUGAUGGUCCAAAGCGCUUCCAAUCAGCGUCAGAUUCGUGAUUUGGAAGACCGUAUCCUUUACGUCCUCUCUUCAUCUCGCGGAAAUAUUUUGGAAGACGAGACGGCAACAAAGACCCUGUACAGCUCCAAGAUCACGUCCGAAGGUAUCAGCGUCAAACAAAAGGAAAUUCAGAAAUCCGAGCAGGAAAUCGAUCAAGUCCGCGAAAGUUACAGGGCUGUGUCAUCUCACGCGGCUUUUUUGUACUCUUGUAUUGGUCAACUGAGGCAUCUCAACAAAGUUUACCAAUUUUCACUCCCGUGGUUUCUAAACCUUUUCACAAACUCAAUUGUGGCGAGUCAGACGUCGCUCUUGAUAAGCGAAAGGAUCGUUUACGUCAACGAGCAUUUCACACGCACUCUGCAUCACUCAAUUUGCCGGGCUCUAUUCAACGUCGAUCGACAGCUAUUUACCGUUUUGUUAGCUUUUGCAGCCCUUCGUUCCAAGAGCAAUGUUCAACAAGAAACGAUUGAUCGCCUUUACGCAGAAAAACCGUUACCCCCGAGUCAUUGGAUCGGCCCAUCUUGGAUCGCUAACAACACAUGGCAGCAUAUUAUGGAUCUGAGUCAAACGAUCGAAAACUUGAAAGACUUGCCAAAUCACAUGGAAUGCAAUGUUCAAGAAUGGCAAGAUUUCUGCCUACCAUCAAAUGUGGCCGACAGCUUACCUUCUCCUUGGAACAAAUUGGAACCUUUGGAGCAGCUACUCCUAAUCAAACAUUUGAAACCGGACUGUUUUGCGACAUCGAUUGCGAAAUUCAUCAAGGCCAUUUUGGGGCCCAAUUAUUCGGAAAACAUGGGUAGCGGCUUAAAAGGAGCUUACGACGAAUCUAAAGCUACCGUGCCAGUCCUAUGUUUUGUGUCAGGAAACAUUGAUCCUUGUCAAAGCAUUUCUUCCUUGUGCGGGAAAAAACUGGAGAAUCGCAACAAAAUUAAAACUUUCGCUCUAGGACGGGGUUCAGAUCGAAGUGUUUAUAACUUAGUCCGCAGGUGCGUCGAUGAAGGUAACUGGGCUGUGAUCCAGAAUAUCCAUCUUUAUCCGGAACUUGUUGAUCAAAUUGUGGAUCAACUGAGACAAGAUGAAAAGGACUUUGGUAAUGAAUUCCGACUGUGGAUGAUCGGUUACGCGUCGUCUCAAUAUUCUCCAAUGGCGCUACAAUUUUGUGUAAAAACUGUUUGUGAGUCGCCCACUUGUUUUCGGGACGGCCUCCUGGAAAUCCUGCGUUUGGAUUUUGUUCACGAUUUUUCCAGUGCGCGUGCUUCGUCGGCUGAAUCAAGCUUCCAGUCGGCGAAUCCAUCUCAGUUGGAGAAAGAGAAUGUCAUCUUCCGCAGUGAGCCUUGGCGGCGAGUUUCCCUCGCUCUCUUCUGUUUUCACGCCCUGCUUCUAGAGAGGAACCGCUACACGAACCUUGGAUUUUCCGGCGUCAUCGAAUUCACUUAUUACGACUUGAAAUCAGCGUUAAUCCUAAUAAAAGAUGCUAUGCUUUCAGCCAAAGAUAUCUCAUUGGCCUCACUGCGGUCAUUGGUCGUCGACUGUGUUUAUUGCGCUCAGUUAACCAACGAGGGUGAUGCUGCCAUUUUACGUCGAUUCAUCGAUCACCUUUUUACCACAAACAUUCUGCAAGCUGAUAGGCUGAUUAUUUCACUGUGCGGAAAGAUGACUAUUCCUUUCACGAACAAUUCGCGAAUCCUGCAAGAAGCCAUCCAGUCAUUACCGAAAGAUUUGGGGCCCGAAGCAGUUGGCCUAUCACGAGACUUGGUAAAACAAUGUCACACUGAGGAAUCUGUUGAUUUAUUGCGAAAACUGAAUUGCUGCUCCGGAUCUUCCGAAAGAUAACGUUCACUGGUUAAAAUUUAAAAUAAAAUAAUGAACAUUACAGUA